AGAAGAAAAGAAAAAUAAGGCGUGGUGUGCUGGCAAUCUUCUCCUCUCUUCUCUCUCCGGGGCAAUCUUAACUCUUGCCUUCACCGCGUUGUUAGGGAUCAGAGAAAUUGAAAUUGAAAUUGAAGCGAAACGGAAACAGAGUCUUCUCCUUUUCUUUUUCUUCUCUGUGCUGCUGAGUGAGCUUAUCUCUUAUUCGUGCGUAGAUCGAUCUACGUUUUGGAUUCCAGUGUUUGAAUUUGAACCCUAAAGUUCGGUGGUUGGUGAUCUCGUCUCCGUUGGAAUCUGUGGAUAUGGCGACGGCGAAGACAUCUCGGUCGAGAAGUUCGGUGGCGAGUGCGAAGGAAAAUGGACCUAAGCUUGAAGAAGGUCUCAAUCCCUUCAAGACUGAAAAAUUCGACGCAGAGUCCUAUGUGCAGUCCAAUUGCUCGCUCAACGAUAAGGAAAUUAAACAAUUGUGCUCAUAUUUGGUGGACUUGAAGAAGGCAUCUGCUGAGGAGAUGCGUCGAAGUGUCUAUGCUAACUAUGCAGCCUUCAUACGAACAUCUAAGGAGAUAUCAGAUUUGGAGGGGGAGCUUUCAUCUAUUAGAAACCUGCUCUCGACACAAGCUGCCUUGAUACAUGGUUUAGCUGAAGGAGUUCACAUCGAAGCAUUAUCAAUUUCGAAUUCUGAUGGUUUUUCUUCAAAUGCUACAUCAGAUUCUGAAGAUAAGGAAAUAUCAGACCUAGACAAAUGGUUGGUAGAGUUUCCUGAUCUUUUGGAUGUUCUCUUGGCUGAAAGGCGAGUGGAAGAGGCUUUGGCUGCUCUCGAUGAAGGAGAACGUGUAGUUUCUGAGGCUAAAGAGAUGAAAUCUAUCACCCCGUCUAUACUUUUGUCUCUACAGAAUUCCAUUGCUGAACGUAGACAAAAGCUAGCCGAUCAGCUAACUGAAGCUGCUUGUCAGCCCUCCACACGUGGUGCUGAGCUACGUGCAUCAGUUUCCGCCCUUAAAAGACUUGGAGAUGGUCCCAAUGCCCACAGCUUGCUACUUAAUGCCCAUCAACAGCGGUAUCAAUAUAAUAUGCAAAGUCUUCGACCAUCAAGCACCUCAUAUGGUGGAGCAUAUACUGCUGCUCUAGCCCAAUUGGUAUUCUCUGCAGUUGCUCAAGCUGCCAGUGAUUCUUUGGCUAUUUUUGGUGAGGAGCCUGCUUAUACUUCGGAACUUGUCAUGUGGGCUACAAAGCAAACAGAGGCCUUUGCUCUUCUGGUGAAAAGGCAUGCAUUAGCUUCAUCAGCAGCUGCAGGAGGUUUAAGAGCUGCUGCAGAGUGUGUCCAAAUAGCGUUGGGUCAUUGCUCAUUGUUGGAAGCUCGUGGUCUAGCCCUCUGUCCCGUGCUGUUGAAACUUUUUAGGCCUAGUGUUGAGCAAGCACUCGAUGCUAAUUUGAAACGAAUUCAAGAGAGUACUGCUGCUUUGGCUGCGGCUGAUGAUUGGGUGCUUACAUACCCUCCUACAGCUAGUCGUCAGAGUAGUAGGCCUUCAAGUAUAUCCAUUAGUAAUACAACAGCAUUUCAACAUAAACUUACAAGCAGUGCCCAUCGCUUUAAUUUGAUGGUCCAGGACUUCUUUGAGGAUGUAGGACCACUGCUUAGCAUGCAGUUGGGAGGCCAAGCCCUGGAGGGAUUGUUUCAAGUAUUUAACUCCUAUGUGAACACGCUCAUAAAAGCAUUACCAGGAUCGAUGGAGGAAGAGGCGAGCUUUGAAGAGCCUGGAAACAAAAUUGUACGCAUGGCUGAGACUGAGGAUCAGCAAAUUGCAUUGCUAGCAAAUGCCUCAUUACUAGCUGAUGAACUACUUCCACGUGCAGCUAUGAAGCUUUCCCCCAUAAAUCAAGCUUCCUACAAUGAUGACAAUCGAAGAAGAACCUCAGAAAGACAAAAUCGUCAUCCUGAACAAAGAGAAUGGAGGAGAAGACUUGUUGGUUCAGUGGACAGAUUAAAAGAUACAUUCUGUCGUCAACAUGCACUGGACCUAAUUUUUACUGAGGAAGGUGAUAGUCAUCUUACUGCUGACAUGUAUAUAAAUAUGGAUGGAAAUGCUGAAGAAAUUGAAUGGCUUCCAUCUUUCAUUUUUCAGGAGCUUUUUGUAAAACUAAACCGAAUGGCCAUUAUAGCAGCAGAUAUGUUUGUAGGGAGGGAAAGAUUUGCUACGCUGCUCUUGAUGAGACUUACAGAAACUGUUAUGUUGUGGCUUUCAGAAGACCAGAGCUUUUGGGAUGAUAUUGAGGAAGGGCCCAGGCCGUUAGGUCCCCUUGGUCUUCAACAGUUCUAUUUGGAUAUGAAGUUUGUCGUAUGUUUUGCCUCGCACGGUCGGUAUUUGUCAAGAAAUUUGCAACGAAUUGUCAAUGAGAUUAUAACAAAAGCGAUGUCUGCAUUUUCUGCAACAGGAAUGGAUCCAUACAGAGAACUGCCAGAAGACGAAUGGUUUAACGACAUAUGUCAAGAUGCAAUGGAGAGACUUAGUGGAAAGCCAAAAGAAAUAAACGGGGAGAGAGACCUUAGCAGCCCUACAGCAUCGGUCUCUGCUCAGUCAAUUUCAUCUGUGAGAUCGCAUAAUAGUUCGUGAGGCAUAGUUGCAUCCUUGUAAAUUAAGUCAUUCGUGAAAUUGGUAAGCAGAUUUUUGUACUCUAUGGAGAUCUAUCUCGUCAUUGCUCCUCAUCUCCCUACGCAGCAAUCAUCUUACUGAAUUUAUUGGGGGGAAUAACCCUGCAUUUCUGUAGAUUAAGUUUUCCAUAGCCAGGUGUUUGCCAAUAUUUUUUCAUCUUGUCAAUUUGCCUGUUGGUUUGUAAAUGUUGACUUGAUUAUUUUGUUCGCAUUCUCAAACAUUAUUCUUUUCAAAUAAGUGUACUUCAAUUUUUGCAUA